AUGAACCCUGAGAGUGGCCGGGGCCAUGGAGCGCGGGCUCCGUUGUUCCAGGCAGCCAGGGACCUGAAGGCCAACCUGAGGGAUGCAGCCACCAGGUCCUGGAGGAGCCUGGCCAGGAUGCCGAAGCCCGAGGUGCAGGACCCAGAGGCAGCAGCUGCAGGACAUGAAGGCUUGCUGCCAAUCGAGAGAAGCUUCCAGAAUGCUGCUAAAAGCAAUAAUUUGGAUCUCAUGGAGAAGCUGUUUGAAAAGAAGGUGAACAUUAAUGCUGCGGACAAUAUGAACCGCACAGCCCUGCACUUUGCCGUGGGGAGGAAUAAUUUAUCUUCGGUGGAUUUCUUACUGAGUCACAAAGCCAGGGUGGAUGUUGCUGACAAGCAUGGCUUGACAGUAAUGCACCUUGCAGCCUGGUCUGGAUGCUUCGAGAUCAUGCUCAUGCUAGUUAAAGCUGGAGCAGACCAGAGAGCCAAGAGCCAGGAAGGAAUGAACGCUCUCCACUUGGCAGCUCAGAACAAUAACCUGCACAUUGUGGAUUACCUCAUUCAAGACUUGCAUCUGCAGGACCUGAACCAGCCCAAUGAGAGAGGAAGAAAACCAUUUCUUUUGGCAGCUGAGAGGGGCCACGUUGAAAUGCUUGAAAAGCUUGUCUUUCUGAAUCUCCAUACUUCAGAAAAAGACAAGGACGGGAACACGGCCUUGCACCUGGCUGCGAUGCAUGGCCAUAGUCCAGCGGUGCAAGUGCUACUAACUCAGUGGUCAGAAGUGAAUGAGUGCAAUGAGAAUGGAGAAACCCCAUUCAUGUUGGCUGUCAUGGGAGGUCAUGAAGAAUGCAGCCGAGUGCUCCUGGAGGGAGGAAGUGACGUCAACAUUCCCAACAAACUCAAUGUCAGCGCCUUGCAGAUAGCGACCCGGAAUGGCCACACAGCCCUUGUCGACUUUCUUCUCAGAGAGAAUGCUGAUUUGCAGCAGCAGAAGGAACCGAAGGAGUCCCCUCUUCACUUGGCAGUUAUCAACAACCGUCCCACAGUUGUGAACAGCUUACUAAGUGCUUGGCAUGAUGUUGAUGUCUUAGAUCAGAGGCAGCAGACCCCUCUGCACGUUGCUGCUGAUCUUGGAAAUGUGGAGCUGGUGGAGACCCUGCUGAAGGCUGGCUGCAACCUGGAAAUCACUGACAAGCAGGGAAAGACUGCCCUGGCUGUGGCUGCCAGGAGCCACCAUAGCCUCAUCGUGGAUAUGCUCAUCAAAGCUGAGAGGUACUAUGCCUGGAGAGAGGAGCACCAUGGGAGCAUCCAGGACUCAGCAGCGAGCUCUACACUGACAUUCAAGCAGGAUCAUAGUCUGGAGACCAGGCACAUCCGUAUGCUGCUCUGGAACCUGGCCUACCGGCAGCUGAAGAACAAGGACUGGCAGAGGCUGGCCCGUUUAUGGAGCUUUACAGAGGACCAGAUCAGAGCCAUUGAGGAACAGUGGUCAGGUAAUGACAGCUUUCAUGAGCAUGGCUACAGGGCUCUGCUCAUCUGGCUGCAUGGGGCUCUGAUGACACAGUCUGACCCUGCCAAGCAGCUGUAUGAGGAGCUGGUGUGUGCAGGAUUCCCAGAACUAGCUGAAAAGAUUCAUCAGUUUAAAAGUAAAACUGACUCGCGCUCCAAGAAAUGUGCGGUCUCCUAA